CAGUAGCUCCUUUCCCCUGCAGUGUGAGGAGGAGGACUAAUAUACAGGCAGUAAUACCGAAUCAUGGCACCUGGGCAAAAACAGACUGGGAAAACUGCUAAGAUGGUGCAAGAGGAAAAAGUAUCACAUUCUUUUGAGUUUCAGACAAAAGAACAAAAAAAUCUUAGUGGAUCAGAAGAAGACAUCAGGGAAGAAGAGACUCAAGUUGUUGAAAAGCGUGGGAAAAAGCGUUCCGCCUCAAUGUCUAACCAAGAAGUAGAUGAAGAUCAUAUGGGAGGUGAAGUUCAAAAUAUGCUGGAACGUUUUGGAGCUGACAUCAGUAAGGCCCUUUUAGCAAAAAGAAAGAGAUUGGAAAUGUAUACCAAGGCCUCGCUAAAAACUAGCAACCAAAAGAUUGAGCAUGUCUGGAAAACACAACAAGAACAGAGGCAGAAUCUAAGUAAUGAAUAUUCUCAGCAGUUCCUAACAUUAUUUCAACAAUGGGAAGUUGAUGUAACAAAAUCAGAGGAGCAAGAAGAGAAGAUGACGAACAUGUUUCGUCAGCAGCAGAAACUUUUUCAACAAGCAAGAAUAGUUCAAAGCCAGAGACUGAAAACAAUAAAGCAGCUAUAUGAACAAUUCAUAAAGAGUAUGGAAGACUUAGAAAAAAGCCAUGAAAACCUUCUAUCCAAUGCUCAAAGUGAACUGAAAAAGGAGAUGGCUUUGCUACAGAAGAAAAUUUUGAUGGACACUCAACAGCAAGAGAUGGCAAGUGUUCGAAAGUCUCUUCAGUCAAUGUUAUUCUGAAGGAUCACUGAAGGAAUAACUUGUACCUAUGCAACAUGAUAUUAAAAGUAUUAAUACUCACUGAACAAAAACACACUCCGUAUUUAAAGUUAUAAAUAUUUUGUGGUGGCUUAUUUGUUUUCUUUUCUCACCAUGGCAUCGGUUUUAAAAUAAACUUAUU